GAGAAAAGCCAUGGCCGCAGACAAAGUCCUGAAGGAGAAGAGGAUGGUUUUUGUCCAAUCAGUGACCUCGGGCACCAUAAAUGGCUUGUUGGAUGACCUAUUAGAGAAAAGAGUGCUGAACCAGGAGGAGAUGGAGAAAGUAAGACGUGAAAAUGCCACAGAUAUGGAUAAGGCCCGAGCUUUGAUUGACUCAGUCACUCGGAAAGGGGACAAGGCAAGCAAAGUAUGUAUCGAUCACAUCUGUGAAAUCGACUCCCACCUUGCAGAGAAGAUGGGGCUGCCCUCAGGUGCACAAUCAAGAACUGAUCAUAAUACACAAUACUCCCAAGCAGAGAUUCUUCCCUUCCCAGCUCCCCAGGCAGUGCAAGACAACCCAGCUAAGCUUGCAUUCCCAGGACCAGGAGGGAGCCUCAAGCUUUGUCCCCCAGACAUAGCACAAAAGAUAUGGAAUGAAAAGUCAGCAGAGAUUUACCCAAUCAUGGGAAAGUUUACUCGGACACGUCUUGCCCUCAUUAUCUGCAACACAGAGUUUGACAAGCUUUCCAGGAGAGCUGGAGCUGAUGCUGAUAUCAGAGGUAUGAAGAUGCUGCUAGAAGAUCUGGGAUACACCGUGGAUGUGAAAGAAGAUCUCACUGCUUCGGACAUGAAGGCAGAGCUGAGUGCCUUCGCUGCCCGCAAGGAGCACAAGACCUCUGACAGCACGUUCGUGGUGUUCAUGUCUCAUGGUAUUCGAGAAGGCAUUUGUGGGAAGAAACACUCUAAGGAAGUCUCCGAUGUAUUAGACAUCGACACCAUCUUUCAAAGUUUGAACACUUAUAACUGUCCAAGUUUGAAGGACAAACCCAAAGUGAUCAUUAUCCAGGCCUGCCGUGGUGAGAACGAAGGGGUGGUGUGGUUAAAAGAUUCAGCAAAAGGUUCUGAAAACGACUUCUCAUUGGCUCCAGAAGAUUUUGAGUAUGAUGCCAUUAAGAAAGCCCAUAUAGAGAAGGAUUUUAUUGCUUUCUGUUCUUCAACACCAGAUAAUGUUUCCUGGAGACAUCCCAAACAUGGCUCUCUUUUUAUUAUGAAACUUAUCAAAAAUUUGCGAGAAUAUGCCUGGUCCUGCGACAUGGAGGAAAUUUUCCGAAAGGUUCGGUUUUCAUUUGAGUCACCUGAUGGUAAGGCACAGAUGCCCACCACCGAAAGAGUGACUUUGACAAGAUGUUUCUACCUCUUCCCAGGACAUUUUGAAGGAGUCUUUGUAUUUCUGACAGAUAAACUCAACAAAAACCCACUUAAGGCUUUGGAAUCCAUCGGGAAAGACCUCUUAGUUGAAGUUUUGGAUGGGUUGGUGAAAAAAGAUGUUCUGAAAUUGGAGGAAACUGAGAAGAAAAAAUUCAAUGACGCCAAACCUGGAGACAAGGCCCGGGUUUUAGUGGACGCUGUGCGAGGGAGACACCAUGAAGCAGGUCAAGCCCUUGUCCAAACCUUCCUUAACACAAACAAAAAUUCCAUCAGCACAAAAGUUCCUGCAGUUCCUCCAAAAGUGACUGAGCCACCUGAGUCAGCAGAAACGACGGAUACCCUCAAGCUUUGUCCUCCUGAAGAGUUCCAGAAAGUGUGUGAAAAAAGGGCUGGAGAGAUCUAUCCAAUAAAGGAGAGGAAAGACCGCACUCGCCUGGCUCUCAUCAUAUGCAAUAGAGAGUUUGAUCACCUUCAGCCCAGGAAAGGGGCUGAACUUGACAUCACAGGGAUGACAGAGUUGCUUAAGGGCCUCGGCUACACUGUGAUUGUGGAAGAGAAUCUCACAGCCAAGGAGAUGGAGUCAGUACUGGUGGAAUUUGCUGCCCGCCCAGAGCACAGGACCUCAGAUAGUACAUUCCUGGUGUUCAUGUCCCAUGGCCUCCUGGAUAGACUCUGUGGGAAACAGCACAGCAAGGAAAACCCAGACGUGCUACCUUAUGACACCAUCUUUCGGGUAUUCAACAAUCGCAACUGCCCCAGUCUCAAGGACAAACCGAAGGUCAUCAUUGUCCAGGCCUGCAGAGGUGAAAAUCGUGGGGAAUUGUGGGUCAGUGACUCUCCAGCAGCCGUGACAGACAGCACUUCACAGUCACCUGAGAACCUGGAGGACGAUGCCGUUUACAAAGCACACGUGGAGAAGGACUUCAUUGCUUUCUGCUCCUCAACCCCACAUAAUGUAUCCUGGAGAGACACUACUAAAGGUUCUCUCUUCAUCACACAACUAAUUGGAUGCUUCCAGAAGUAUUCUUGGUGCUGUCACCUCGAGGAAGUAUUUCGGAAGGUACAACUAUCAUUCGAAAAGCCAGAAGUUAGAGUCCAGAUGCCCACCAUUGAACGACUAUCCAUGUCAAGAUAUUUCUACCUCUUUCCUGGCAAUUGAAAAUCAAAGCUGUUGACAGGGAAUUACAGGCAGUCCUGCCCUUCUUUACCAACUUCUAGAAGCACCUUUACCAGUAUUGCACACAUAUUUAACCUUUUGUACUUAAAUAAAAAUCAAAACACAUAAA